ACCGCCCUCUCUCAGCGGAGCGCUUGGCCCACCCCGGGGAAGCGGUAGUUCCGCCCGGUGCCUGCAGGCGGAAGAGGGGGGGUUCGGUCAGCGGCGUCGUCUGAGGCUUCUUAAGCUGGGGAAGUUCGCCAUGUCGGCCGUCUCGAGGAGCUACAACCCGUUCGACGAGGACGAAGAGGAGACGCGGGGCGGUGGAGAAGUAUGCGGUGCGGAGCGGCAGCGCUACCUGCAGCAGGAGGCGCUGCGCCUCUCCGCCGCUACCGCCGACAGCACCGCGCGCUCCCUCUCGCUUCUCUACGAGUCCGAGCGCGUUGGUGUGGCCGCCUCCGAGGAGCUCAUACGUCAAGGAGAGGCACUGAAGCGUACAGAACAAAUGGUUGAUAAAAUGGACCAGGACCUGAAGACUAGUCAAAGGCACAUAAAUAGCAUUAAGAGUGUUUUUGGAGGCCUGGUUAACUACUUCAAAGCCAAACCACCCGAGAGCAAACCAGAACAAAAUGGAAUACCUGACUAUUAUGGCAACAAUAGAUUAAAAGAAGCAAUGAUGUCUAGCAAAGAUCAAGACCCAAAAUAUCAGGAAAGUCAUCCGAAUUUAAGGCGCCUAGAUAAUUCAGAUAGUGAUUUCAGCAGCAUAGAUUCGAUUUCUUCAGUGCAACGGGAUGCCUAUCCAAAGAAUCAACGUCUGCAAGCCUACCAUAAAAAAAUUGAUAACAACUUAGAUGAGAUGUCUUCUGGAUUGAGUCGUCUGAAAAACCUAGCUCUUGGUCUGCAGACAGAAAUAGAGGAGCAAGAUGAUAUGCUGGAUCGGCUAACCAAAAAAGUAGAGAUUCUGGACGUCGGUAUUAAAAGCACUGAUAAAAAAAUUCGUCAACUUUAAAGAUCUAACAAAUUUUGUCCAGCAUUAGUUCUUCUCAGUUGUCUUUUCUCAGCAGAUCUCUUUAAAAAGAAAAACAACCUUGGAUGAUAUAUAUUUCUUUUUUUUUUUUUUCCUCCGUUAGGCUACUAUUUUGUUGACAUUAAAAGUGUGGCAUAAUACCUUGAAUUUCUUUCCAGUGUACAUGGGAAAAGUGCAUUUUGAGUAAAAUCUCUCAGUACUCCGUUAAUUUGUGUAUUACUGUGCAUUGUGUGCAUGGAGGAGUCCAGAGUCUACAAAGCUUCAGUAUCCCUGGCCUGGAAGCUGUGAUGAGAAAAUCACCUACCUUUUGCCUUUUUAGUUCCAGGAGGGGCAGGGAGAACAGAAUGUAUUCCUUUGUUCAGAUCAAGCACUGCAAAUUCUGUUUACCUACAGCUAUUUUAUAUGAUGAAAAAUAUGCCAAUUUUCAGCUGUACAAAUAAUUCUAAGUGAUUGCCUUCUGGCAUUCUUGGGGCUUAAGGAGCUAACUGUUCAAUGGAAGGUGUAAAAGGUAAACUGUCAAAAGUGUAAUGCAAGAAUGAUACUUUUUCUGUAGGUGUUCUUGUUCCUAAGAUUACUUCUUCCAAUGAGCAGUGGUAUUUAUGAGUGGAUCACUGGGUACUAUCAGCUUUAUGCUACUUUCAGGAAAAAUCAGUAAGGGUAUGUUAUGGUUUGCAAGAAAUGUUGAUUGGUAAGUACCCAAAAAGUUUGGGUAACAGAGUCACAAUUAAUGCAUGUGUACUUCCUAAGAUUCCUAUGUAGCAGUUGUCACUAUCUGCUCUCAUUUUCUGCCCUUUCUCAACUUAGUUACGUAGGUGGUUAGUUUCUAUUUUAGAAAUGGAGAGUUGGUCUGCUAACCAGUGCAAACAGAUGUUAGGAAUUAAUUCCUUAAUUGAAUAUUUAUUUCAAAUAGAGGUGAUUCAGGAGUGAGCAGAUGCUGUGUUUUCCUUGAACACACUGACUGUUCUUAAGAAGCUCAACUGUGAUGCACAUACUUCUGCAUUAGCUUUAGCAGAUACAAAAAGUUCCCAUAGAUGAAGAAAAGCUCAAAAAGUUUUGAGUCUUCCAGAUACAAGUUGGGUCUUCUAUUUCAUUGUAUUCAUUUGUAAAUACAACUGUAGAAUAACUACACUUCUGCUCCAAGCUGAAGACAUGACAAUGAGAACUAGAUGUCUCUUUUGAAAACAAGUAAUUUCAGUUUGGAGAAAACCUGUGUCAGUAUUGCAAUACUCUCUAUCAAAACUGACAGUGAAAGGCCAAGAAGAGAGCCACUUUGUGCUGGUGCAAUAUUCUCUUCCAAGUUAAUACAACUAAGGUGUUUAGAACUAUCAGGCUUAUAUCUUUCAUGAGUAUUACAUUCAUACUUUUUUUUUUUUUAAAGGGAAUUUGUUACAUUGACUUGCUAUGAAGUUCACCCAAUAGGAUAAAGAGACCUAAGAAAACUUGAUCAUUUCUUGACUUACCGUGUCUCUGGGGAAUUCAACUGUAAAGACAAAUGAAUCACAAAAAAAAAAACCAAAACCACACACUUCUAAGGCAUAGCGUUAUGAAAAGUACAUGAGAGUUGUGAAUUAGAUUGAAGGUGUGCUUCUGUUUCUCCUAACCUUGCUACUAUCAUUAAUUUAGUCCCUAAAAAAGAUAGCACUUGCAGAGACUUAAAACUGCAUGAGCUUUUGAGCAUGAAAAGCCUUAUUUGCUUUCUCUCUAAUUUAUACUAAUAUGAAGUCUUGAAAAAACUUAAUGUCAAUGUUAUGAUCUCCCUUCUUGGUCAGUAUCAUAAUUCUCUUUAACUGUUAGAAUAGUCAUGAAUUAUAUGAUCUGAUGCCUAGAGAAGGUUUAGAGAUUUGUUAUACUAGUCUUUAUUUAUCAAAAUCUAUUAAGCAUCUGUUAAGUCAGUGAAGGAAUAUUGCAAUUAUGAUUGUAUUUGUUGUACUGAUUAUAAAUUUUACUCACUCCCCGUUUUAUUAAUAGGAUAUAAAGAAUGGUGUUUUUACUUACCCAGUGCUGAUUAAUGGAAACAUUUGCAUCUUAAAAAGGAUUUGUAAUAUCUGUCAAGAACAUAGGAUACUCAACAACAACAAAAACCACCACAGUAAAUAACUCAGUGUAGGUUGAAAUCUGUCCUCAUUUAUAUGCAGAUAUUUCAAAACUAAGUUUUUUCCAAAGUCAGACUUCACUAACUUGCAUUGUAGAUUGAUGUUUUUUUUCCCCACAAAGUUUGGGUUAGUGGAGGAAGAGCAUAGCUGGAUGAUCUUGUUGUGUUACAUGAAAUAAAUGCAGAGCUUGAUUCCCAGCUAAAAUUUUAGCUUACUUAAUUGAGCGUUGCCUUAACAAUACGUUGUCUUUCUGAAGCCAGCUCUUCAUGUUUUUAGUUUAAGUUAAUUUACAGAAUGAACUCAAUUGUUUUGGUCAACAGCUUAGCUGUAUCAGCAUUACUAAACGUUUUGCACAUCCUGAAUGUCUUUGGCCUUGAAAACACAGGCAAAGAAGGGGAAUAAAAAGAAAUUUUUAAAAUCCGUAUUUCUGCUUUGAGAGCCUUAUAAUCCAAGCAAACUAAAAUCUCCAACAUACAGAGGUUAUACAGAAGUCUGACUUCUCACAUCUUUAACAGUUUAAUUCAUUGUCUCACUAACUUGUUGUAAUGCUAUAAGGUGAUGGGGAAAGCACAGCAACAAUAGCAGGGUGAUAAAAUCUUUAGACAAAGGAGGAGGAAAAAAACAAAAACAACAACAAAAAAACCCCCAGCUGCUUACUUUUUGAAGGCUCAGGAAGGAAAAAACCUCCAGCAAAACAUCCUUGCUUCCACUGCCGACCCUUAAAUGAGGCCUGGGAGUAGGUGGAUCCUGGUUCCAACUCUUCAGGUCACUCAGGUACAUUGUAUGCACCUGAACUCCUCUGGGCUGGCUCUGCUUUCCCACCAGGUGUUCUGUCACUGCUUCAACCUGUGACUUAUCAUGUGCACUGUGUGUCGUUAUUUGUUUUUGCUACUUAGGCUUUUCUGUUCCAUUUAUUAAUUUUGGUGUUUUUUUUUUUUAAUAGCCUUUUUUAAAUGAUUGCUUCAGAUGUGAGUUUUCUUUCUUAGGGAAAGAAAAAUGUUGAUGGGAGUUAUUAAUAUUUGCUACUAACUGAAUUACCUUUCUCAACUUUCAUGCUUUAUGUUUUCUGCUGAUUUACAUGAAGAAACAACAGUAUUUUGUACGUGAUAUUUUUUUCU